AUGGCGGGGAACGCGCGGCCGCGCAUUCUCGACGACGAGUUCGACUUCAACGCCGCCGACCUCUCCAAACAAUUCGAGCAGCUGCUACGGACAAGGAGGUUAAAUGAACUGGAGGAACAAGCUAGAACACCUCGUUCUGCUUCUCCCCAUCUCGCACCUCCCGCCUCGUCACACACUGCACAUCCCCCAAACUCCGCACCUUCGUCCGUUGCUCCCAGUUCGCGCUCUUCGCAACACCAGCCGCCGACCUACACCUCUUUUCGCAGCUUUCCGAUCGUGCCGUCUCCUCCACAAGAUGGCCCUUCGCUGAAAUUCCGAAAUCUCCUCCUCACCUUGUCCAUGACCCCUGUCAAAUAUGAAAACCCCGGUCUUCUGGACGAAGCGUUAACACACGUGCCAAUCGACCGAAUCUAUGUUGAGGCAGAAGAGGAACAUAAUCUACUGAAAGCCCUCGCCGCCUCCAAAGGUGACAAUGCCAAACCAGAAUGGGGCUACCAGGACUGUGUUAUGAGGUCCCUUCUCAGGUGGUUUAAGCGCUCAUUCUUCACAUUCGUCAAUAAUCCUCCCUGUUCAAGGUGUCAUGGUGCCACCAUUGCUCGAGGGCAGACACCCACCACACCGGACGAAGUGGCUCGCGGAGCCACAAGAACCGAACUCUAUCAGUGCACAAAUCCCGGUUGCCAGGCCUUCGAAAGGUUUCCCCGGUACUCAGAAGUCUGGACCUUGCUUGAGACUCGGAGAGGACGGGCAGGAGAAUUCGCCAACUGUUUCAGCAUGUUGUGCCGUGCUGCGGGCGCCCGUGUACGGUGGGUGUGGAAUAGUGAAGAUCACGUAUGGACCGAAGUGUAUAGUGAGCAUCAACGAAGGUGGAUCCAUGUCGAUCCCUGUGAGGAGAUGUGGGAUAACCCAAGGGUGUAUACUGAAGGCUGGAACCGCAAGAUUGCCUACUGUAUCGCCUUCUCCAACGAUGGAGCCACCGAUGUCACCCGCCGAUAUGUUCGCAAUUCUCGUUACCAUCUUCCGCGGACCCGCUGUUCUGAAGAGGUGUUGCUUUGGAUCAUGCACGAGAUCCGCAAAAUUCGACGAGAGAAUAUGGACAAGCACGUACGGCAUCAAUUGAUGCGCGAAGACGAAAGAGAAGAGCGGGAGCUCCGGAGCUACGUGGCCCAGUCCCUGGCCAGUGACAUGAUCAACUCUAUGCCCGCCCAAGCCAACGCUGAUCGACCGGACGAAGUGAAGCAUCCCGUCGACAGACAACAAGAGGUGCAGUGGUCUCAGCAACACACGGAUCAAUCGGGCGACCGGUAG